CGUAGUAAACUCAAUGGAAUAAUCAGUAGGCAUUUCGUCGAUAGCAAAGCUUGUAGCGCGGGCCAAACGAAUUAAAAAUACAAACCGUGAUAACGCCUACUCGAAUUUCAAAAAUAAACCUUGUGUUGUGUGAACUGUGAGUUCUUGUGAUAAUGGCUAACGCACCGGUGAAGAAGGUCCCCAUCCAUUUGCAGAGCUCCCAAAACCGUCUCCUCAUCAAAAAUGGAAGGGUCGUCAACGAUGACGGCAUGGAAGACGCUGACGUCUACAUCGAAGAUGGCGUCAUCAAACAAGUGGGCCGCAACCUCAUCAUCCCCGGGGGAACUCGCACCAUUGACGCGACCGGGAAACUGGUGAUCCCGGGAGGAAUCGAUCCCCACACCCACUUUGAGUUGGAAAUGAUGGGUGCCAAGGCUGCUGACGACUUCUACAAGGGGACCAGAGCGGCGGUAGCUGGAGGAACUACUACUGUCCUUGACUUCGUUCUACCUCAGAAGGGGCAGUCCCUUGUGGAAGCUUACAACAACUGGAGACAGAAGGCUGACGGCAAGGUAUGCUGCGACUACGGUCUCCACGUGGGCGUGACCUGGUGGUCUCCUGCCGUGAAGAAGGAAAUGGAGAAACUGACCUCCGAGGAGUACGGAGUGAACUCCUUCAAGAUGUUCAUGGCGUAUAAGGACGCGUGGAUGCUGGACGACUAUGACCUUUCUUGCGCUAUGGAAACGUGCACUGAGCUGAGGGCUUUGGCUCAGGUUCACGCCGAAAACGGCCACAUCAUCGCCCGGAACACCGAGAAACUUCUAGAGGCAGGAGUGACCGGCCCUCACGGCCACCAGCUGUCCCGCGACGAGGAGGUGGAGGCCGAGGCCGUCAACCGCGCCUGCGUCAUCGCCAACCAGGCGAACUCCCCGCUGUACAUAGUCCACAUGAUGUCCAAGAGCGCUGUCCAAGCCUUGGAGAAUGCGCGCGCGCGCCAGAAGCCGCCUGUGUAUGGAGAAACCCUGGCUGCCACUGUUGGCACUGAUGGUACCCACUACCGCAACUCGUGCUUCCGUCACGCGGCCGCGCACGUUCUUUCUCCGCCGCUGCGGCCGGAUCCUUCUACCCCCCAGGCCAUGUGCGAGGCCUUGGCUGAUGACCGCCUGCAGUUGAUCGGCAGCGACAACUGUACCUUCCAUGAGAAGGACAAGGAGAUUGGCAAGAAUAACUUCUCGAAGAUUCCCAAUGGAGUCAACGGGGUCGAAGACCGCAUGGCCAUCUUGUGGCAGAAGGCUGUUAACACUGGAAUUAUGGACCCGUGCCGCUUCGUAGCCGUCACCAGCUCAAACGCAGCCAAGAUAUUCAACCUGUGGCCGGCGAAGGGCCGCGUGGCCGCCAAUAGUGACGCGGAUAUCGUGGUGUGGGACCCGCGCCUCGAGCGCACCAUCUCUGCUGCCGCCCACCGGCAUGCCGUGGACUUUAAUAUCUUCGAGGGCCAGCACGUGGUGGGCAGCCCCCAGUACGUGAUCGUCAACGGGCGAGUGUGCCUCGAUGACGGGGACCUCCGAGUAGCUGAGGGGUCAGGUCGCUUCCUCAAGACUCCCGUCAACAGCCCCUACAUCUACGGCGCCGGCUCGCUCCGCUCGGCGCCCGCUUCUCCGCAGCAGGAGGCGGCUAACGGGACCAACGGGAACUCCACGCCUACCCACCACGAGCUGACGCUGGUAAACAAGCAGCUGGAAGCCAUGUCUGUGUCUUCGGGCUGCAGCACGCCCACCGGCCGCAAGAUGCGCGAGCUCGGCCAGCGAGACCUGCAGAGCUCCACCUUCUCCAUCAGCAGUGAGUAG